AUGAAGGUACGUCCAUCGGGCGGCCGGACUGAGGAACUCCUUGAGGCCGGCGAGAGUGACAAUGAUAGUGUAGAUGGAGUAUUGGUGAAGGAACUUGAGGAGUCGUUAAGAUUAAUUGAAGAUUUGAAAUUUUUCCUUGCGACAGCGCCAGUUAAUUGGCAAGAGAAUCAGAUCAUCAGACGAUAUUAUUUAAACAAUGAUCAAGGAUUUGUGUCGUGUGUCUUUUGGAACAACUUAUACUAUAUUACUGGUACAGAUAUCGUGAAAUGUUGCAUGUAUCGAAUGCAAAAGUUCGGUAGGGAAGUUGUGCAAAAGAAGAAGUUUGAGGAAGGAAUAUUCUCAGAUUUAAGGAACUUAAAAUGUGGUGUUGAUGCUACUUUAGAGCCUCCAAAAUCAGAAUUUUUAUCGUUUUUGUUCAGAAACCUGUGUCUCAAGACUCAAAAGAAGCAAAAGGUUUUUUUCUGGUUUAGUGUUCCUCAUGAUAAGUUAUUUGCUGACGCCCUGGAGAGGGAUUUGAAGAGGGAAAGUUUGAAACAGCCUUCGACAACCACUGCGGUUGCAGAUCCCGCACUUUCAUUCAAUUAUGAUAUUAUAUCCAGCAAGUCAAUGAAUGAGCAGCUAAACAAGUAUUUGCAGGCAAAGACUGAGCAACUAAAGGUGAGUCCCACUGAUUCUAACAGAAUGAUGAUUCAACCGCAGGAUAUGAAACUAAAGACAGAGGAAGAUACAAAAUCGCCCUUAAAAGAGAUGAUGGAUACUGAGGAUUUUAAUUUGCAAUUGAAUAGUUCCACUGAUACGCAGCAGGAUGAUAUAUCAUCACCUGACACAAGUGCCAACUUUGUACCUCAAAAACUGGUCGUCGAGCCUAGCAAUUUGGAGCUUAACAAUGAGCGAUCUGGAAUCCUCAAAGAUACUGCGAUUACUAUCGAUGACAGCGACCGUGGCGAUUUUCCUUUAGAUUACUUCCCAGUGGAAAUUGAGUACCCAAACCACGACCGGGAAAUGGAACCAUUUACCAUGAGAUCUGCGAUGUCUCAUCUUCCACCGUUUUACGAUGAUAGGCAAGAUGAGGAAGUCGUACCGCCUACGGCUACUUUUGCUGUCUUCCCUCCAUAUCCCAUGCAAACACCUUAUGCGAUGCCAAUGUCUUCGACGCGGUCUCAUUUUUUGCCAAGUGGAAAACUUUGGGGUCCCCAGGUUAGAGAGAGGUCUCCUUCGCCAAUUUCCAAGGAUUCGUCCUUCAUCAAAUAUUCAGACCAUGAUGACCCCACUAAUUAUGGACUAGAUGAGCAUAGUUCGAGUUUCUCGGACCAUAUGCAGCAACAAUAUCAACAAUCGCAGUCUCAAUAUUAUAAUGCCUACCCAAAGGCUUAUAACAAUGGUUAUUAUGGUUACUAUCCACAGGCUGCUGACACGUCAAUGCAUUCCAACGAGACAAUGAGCUAUGGGUACGACGAAUUUUUCCCUGCACCAGAAGCAUACGACCAGGGUUACUUCCUUCCGCAAGAGCCACCCAACUGGAAUUUUGUGCCACCUCAGGCUAUGCAGCCGCCAACGUCUGCGACCGGUUUUAUCACAAGACCGUUCACUCCAGGUUAUCGAUCAGCUCCUGUGAAUGGUAGGGCUCCAUUCAUUUCAAUGGCACAAGGAGGCUGGCAGCAGCAUCUUGCUUCGCCCUAUGGUUCAAAGGAGACAUCCGCUACAAGUAAAACUUAUCCUAGUGGCACAUUGCAUCAACCGUCAUCUCUGGGUCCUCGUAGACCUCCGUACAAUGCUUCAACUCUGAAAAGUUAUUUGCCCAAACAUGGUAAAAUAGCAAAACCAAUUCAUCGUAAGACGAAUUCGCAACAUAAACAGCAGCCAGCUACGGUCAACUCUAAAACUAAACUAAGGACGGAAAAUUUUGGAGAAACCAAAAGUUCGAAUCAGACCGAGAAGCGGAGAUUUUCAAUUCCCACUCCAGAAUCAAACUCUUUGGUCGUCCAAGUCGAUGAUGAAGAAGAUUCUGAACUUCCCUCAGAAGAUUUCCUCAAUAAUGAUAUACAGACCCGACUGCACGAUUUAGGUGAGUCUGAGUGA